GUCGUUUUUGUCCAUUUCGUACGGACGGAUAUCCCGUCGAAGCACGUCUCUGCUCCGCUUCGAUCUUCGUUUCCGAUUUCGAGGAAGUUCUUCUCGUGCGUCUCGCUUCCGGAUCUGCGGUUCGCGCCCGUCGAUUCUGCGGGAGCCAUGGCGGUCUCGCGAUUCUCGUGACGUUCUGCGUUCGAGAGCUCGAUCUGCUCUCUCUCUCUCUCUCUAAAUUUGAGGAAGAUACGAAAAAAGGGGGAGGGCGGAAAAGGAAGGGGGGAGGUUUCGUUUGAUGCUGCGGUCCUGACGCCAUGAGGAAGAAGCUCGACACGCGAUUUCCGGCCGCAAGGAUCAAGAAGAUAAUGCAAGCAGAUGAAGAUGUAGGAAAAAUUGCAUUAGCAGUUCCAGUUCUAGUCUCUAAAGCAUUAGAAUUAUUUUUGCAAGACCUUUGUGACCGUACAUACGAGAUAACACUUCAAAGGGGAGCAAAGACUAUGAAUUCGCUGCAUUUAAAACAUUGUGUGCAAGGCUAUAAUGUGUUUGAUUUCUUGAGGGACAUUGUCAGCAGGGUUCCUGACUAUGGUCAUGGUCAUGGUCAUUCAGAUGCUGUCUCUGAUGAUAGAACAGUGUCCAGGAGAAGGAAGGCCACCAUCGAUGAUGGUAACGACACUGAUGAAGAAUCCAAGAAGAGCAGGAUGCUUGAGAUGGCCCAUACUGGCAGCAGUGGCCGUGGAAGAGGCCGUGGCCGAGGAAGAGGCCGAGGGCGUGGUCGAGCCACCGAGAGGGAGACUCCACACCAUGAAACUGAAUCAUCCGAGCCGACCACAUCUCUGCAACCUCUUAACAAGAACAUUACCAAUCAAGGAACAAUUUUAGAUGACAGCUCUGAGCCAAAGAAAACUGCUGAGGAAACUAUCCCAGCCACUGAUGGUUCCAAGCUCGGGGCGCAUGGUUUUGAUCUGAACACUCAAGUUACUGAGAAUGAGGGCACCCCAGCCAAAGUUCCAGCAGCUGGUGUUUCAUCUGAGGAACCUAAUACUGACGAGGCCAAACAUGAAGAAUAUCCAGGGUGGUCACUCUCUGAGGUGGACAAGAUGGCCAUUGACCCUCUUCAAUUAGCAAAUCUGGGUACCCGCAUUGAUGAGGAUGAUGAAGACUACGAUGAGGAGGGCUAAAACCAGGAGCCUCAUGUAGAAACUCGAGGUGAGUCGGAUAGCUGGGAGAUCGUGGGGAGAGUACAUGAGGAGCAGAAGAGGUCCAAAUCGUCACCAGACAAGCGGUAUGCAUGUGGAAGAUUAUACCCUGUUUGGUGCUCCCUGGCAAGAGUUUAGUUCCUCUCUGCAUUUGGUUUUAUAUCGCAUCUGAAUUUUACCAUAUUGUAAGCUAACAUCAUCAUCAUUCUCCAAGAAUGUUGUCCUUUGCCGUUAGAUUUUCUCAGGGAACGUAGUCUCAGAGAAUGUUAGAAUAGUCCGCUUCUGCUCUUUUAGUCAUCCAUUGUUGUAGUGAAAAUUUGGCGAUCUUUAAUUAAUCAACGGUUAGGAA